UGGGACUCUGAUGCUGAUGCUGGGGGACCCGCACAGUGAUGGAGCGGCGACGACGCUGAAAAGGAUGCACUAAACCCCCUUGUCAAUCAGCGAAGGGACUUUUCUCACGAACACCAGACACUCCUUGUUUCAUAACUUUGGGAGAUGUAUGGCAGCGCACGUGCCGUCGGCCACAUCGAGGGCAGUCCUGCUCGUUCCCCGCGGCUGCCCCGUUCUCCUCGAUUGGGCCACCGUCGAGCCAACAGCAGCAGUUCGGGUGGAAAAACCUUAUCCAUGGAAAACAUCCAGUCGCUCAAUGCUGCCUACGCCACAUCCGGCCCAAUGUACCUAAGCGACCAUGAAGGCGUUGGGUCCACGGCGACCUACCCUAAAGGUACCAUGACACUCGGCCGAGCCACAAGUCGUGCCAUGUAUGGUGGUCGGGUCACAGCGAUGGGAAGCACCCCUAAUAUUGCCACGGUGGGAAUCCCGCAUGCAGACCUUCAGUCUUAUGGAGACCUGGGCUCUCUGUCUCUGCUCCACCACCAAGGGACGCCGUCAGCCCUGCUGCGUCAGGUAGUCCGGGGCGGCGGUGGAGAACUUCUGGAGCUCCAAGCACAGCUACGGGACACGCAAAGGGAAAACGAGCUCCUUCGGAGGGAGCUGGACCUGAAGGACAGCAAGCUGGGAUCCUCCACCAACAGCAUCAAGAGCUUCUGGAGCCCCGAGCUGAAGAAAGAGCGCGUGAUGAGGAAAGAGGAGGCCGCGCGCACUUCUAUCCUCAAAGAACAGAUGCGGGUGACCCAUGAGGAGAAUCAGCGUGAUGCUAUCGAGGAGAAUAAUGAUCCGUGUUUCGGCAUCACUGAGAAUGCUAAUGAAAAGCCAACACAGAUUAUUGAUCGGGGACGGAAAGAGAAGGAAUCGGGAAGGAUUGAGGACUGUAUCCUCAAUAAACUUCCUGACCUACAGGAGACACGAUCUAUCAGUGAAAAACAGCAGAAAUAG